CCGGCCGGACGACACAGCGAGCGAGACUCAGGAGCAGUCCACGGCCCGACAGCCAGCGCGUCGGCAAUGGAGCGCCUGGUCGCCCGCCGCACCUUUCCCCUGUUCGCGCGCACCAGCGCUUGCCGCAGCCUCUUCGGGCCCGUGGACCACGAGGAGCUCAGCCGCGAGCUGCAGAUGCGCCUGGCCGAGCUGAGCGCCGAGGACCAGCGUCGCUGGGACUACAACUUCCAGCAGGACGUGCCACUGCGGGGCCCCGGGCGCCUGCAGUGGACCGAGGUGGACAGCGACUCCGUGCCCGCCUUCUACCGCGAGACGGUGCAGGUGGGGCGCUGUCGCCUGCUCCUGGCGCCUCGUCCCCGCCCGGACGGCGCGGGCGAUAGCCCGCCCUCCGGGCCGCCGGCCGAUGAGUCCCUCGACGGCCUCGGGGAGGCGCCGGCGUCGCCGUCCAGCGGCCCGUCCGUAGCGCCUGCCCCGGCCCCGGCCCCGGCGCCGCAGGAGAGCUCUGAGCCGGAGGCGGUCCCGCCGCCGCGCAGCCAGGAGCCCCUGGCCGAGCCGCCGCACUCAGGGAUUUCGGGGCGCCCCGCGCCGGGCACUGCCGCCACUGCCACCAACACCAACGCCGCCGCCGCCACUGCCGCCGCCGCUGCCACCACUGCCGCCGCCGGAGGCGCCGCGAUCAAGAAGCUGUCCGGGCCUCUCAUCUCCGAUUUCUUCGCCAAGCGCAAGAGACCCGCGCCCGAAGCCAAGGCGUCGAACGAGGUUCCCGCGGGAUGCGCCGCGCCCGGCGCCGCUCCAGCCGUCGGCUCGGCUGAGCAAACCCCGCGCAAGCGGCUGCGAUGAGAGCCUCGCUCCCAACGAGCCCCGAGGGAGCCCGCUGGGCAGCGGACAGGAGAGGAGCGCUGGGCCUCGGCUGGGACCGUCCAUGUAGCAGCA